AUGAUGCAUGAAGAUGUCGAUAAUGACGAAGAGGAAGUAAUCCUUGACAGACGAACAUUAAUUCAUCAACCAAAUAAUUCCAAUUCAUUAAGUAAUUCUGGUCCAAUACUGCUAGGUGUUAAUCGAUUUAAUAUUAAAGUAUAUGAUGAUCCUAUUAAAUUAUCACGAGCAAAAACAAUUCUUCUAGCAGUAACUUGCAUAUCAAUUGGUAUGUUUACUGGUUUAUUGGGACCAACAUUUCAAUUUCUUUCACAACAUAUGUCAAGUGAAUUAUCAGCAGUUACAUGGCUUAUUUCUAUGAAAGCAAUUGGAUUUCUUAUUGGAAGUUUUUUAAGUGCUUAUCUUUAUGCUUGGUUUAAUGUAUGUUGUUUACUUGGUUUAUCAUGUUUAGCAAUCAGUUUUGGUGUUUGUUCUCUUCCACUUAUAACUGAUUUAGCUACAUUUUAUUUAACUUCAUUGAUUCUUGGCAUUGGUCUUGGUAUUUCUUAUAAUGGUAUCGAUGCACUUUAUAAUCGUUUAUGGACUCGAUCAUCAUUAGUUUCUAUUCGAUGGUUACAUUUAUUAGUUGCUUUUGGAGCUCUUCUUUCAACAUCAAUGCUUUUUCCAUCGAAUAUUUCAAUUAAAAAUGAUAUUUCAUCUGCAACAACUAUGACGCCAUCUUUUCGACCACGUCGUGCAAUCGCAAAUGAAGUAGCUGAUCUUCUUGCUGCAAUGUCACCACCAGCUAAUGAAGAUAUGUUAUUUAAUGCAACAAAUGCGUUUAAUCUAUCGAAUGAUACAUAUACAACAAGUGAAUCAUUUUCAAUAGGAACAAGUACAACGACAAAACUAAUAUUAAAACCAUCUGUAGUUGAAACUGACGCUUUAAAACAAUCACUCGUUGCUAAACCAAUACCUGGAACAGAUCAGUCAAAUGUAAAAUUACCAUGUAUGAAAUUAUAUUGUUGUUAUAAUUAUAAUAAUAUAAAUCAAAAUGAAACAAUAAGAAAUAAUCCAUUUACUUGUCAAGAAAACAAUGAUAAUCCAUCAGAUGAUUGUAAAAAUAUUUUCUCAUUAUGUAAAAAUUCAACAUCACAAAUAUGUUUGGUUGAUAAAACAAAUGUUUCAUGUCGAAUCGAUCUAAUUUGUGAAAAUGAACAAAAAUCAGAUUGUUCAAUACAAUCGAUUAAUGCUGCUAUUAAUGCAAGUACUUCUACAAUAGCAACUACAGUUAUACCAACAAGUACAAUAAUAACGACUACCAUUUUAUCAACUACUACACCCAAUGUACCUACAGAAAGUACUACUCUCUUACCGUCGACGAGUACGAGUACUUCAACAACUACUCCAACAACAACAAUAACAACUACAACAGUAGCGACCACAACGGCAAUACUUGAAACAACAAGCAAAAAUACAAUAAGUUCAACAUCAAUAACAACCCACCGUAAUAAACCUUCAAUGGCUGAAUCAGAUAAAGAUGAUUUGUCAAAAAAUCUUUUUUUUGUAAAAAUUCAUUCAUUUUUUAAUUCAAUCACAUCCAUUAAUUUAAUUUAUUUAUUGAUUGCAUUAUUAUUUUUUCUUCUGGGUAUAAUUUAUUCAACAUUAGCUAUGCGUGGUGAAGGUAUAAAUACAUCGUCAACAAAAUCAAUUAAUUUAAAUCCAUUAUCAUUAUUAUUUGGUAAUUCUCAUCGAACAAUAAAUAAUUCAAAUAAAUCAAUAUCAUUAUUAUCAGAUAGUUCUUCACUUAAAUUUGUUUUACUUCUUAUUGUAUUUUAUUUUAUAAUGAUUGGUAUUGAAAGUUCAUGUAUUUAUUUAACAUAUUUAUUUGGUAUUGAAUUAAAAUUUCAAUCAUAUCAAUGUUUAAUAAUACAAUUUUUAUUUAUUUUUGGUCUUGUAUUAGGACGUUUAAUUGAUAUAUUAAUGAAUUAUGGUUGUUUUUUAUUUAAUACACGUAUAACAAAUCGUACAAAAAAACAAUCAGAUAAAUUUCAUUUAAUAUCAAUUAAAUUUUGUAUACUUAUACGUUUAAUAUUAUUACUAUUAAUAUGUUCAACAUUAAGUUUUUCACAUUUAUUUCAAGAUAAUUCAACAACAACAUCAUCAAUACCAUCAAUACGUAUGUUUUAUUUUAUAUUUUUUUUUAUUGGAUUAUUAAUAGCAUCAUUACCAACAUUAAUUUUAUAUUGGAUUGAACGUGAUUUAAGUUUAAAUGAUUCACUUAAACGUUUUAUAUUAAUAACAAUAACAAUAAGUGAAAUUAUAGUUCCAUCAUUUUUAUUUUAUACUAUAAAACAUGUUGUUUUAUCAUAUGUAUUUUAUUUAUUUAUUGGUUCAUGUUUAUUACUUAUAUUAUUUAUGUUUAUUUUAUAUACAAGUAAAAAAUGGCAACGAAAACAAUUAUAUAGAAUAUUACCAACAUCAAUGGAAAUGGAUGAAAUUAAUAUUGAAAAUCAUUCAGAUGAUGAUAAUAAUGAUGAGUAUUAUUUAAAUAAUGGACGGAUGAAUUUCAAUGAAACGAAAAUAAAUUUAGAUAAUGAAAGAAUAAAAGGAUUAAAAGGACAUUAA